CAGCUAUUGCAGUUGCCCCGUCUCUCAUUACUAAUUUGGUGGACGUCGCAUAGCGUCAAAGCCACCUUCGCUCUACUCGAAUUGGUAAAUUCUGAGCAUAACUGGCUUCUGCAACAGUUGCAAGCUAUCACGUAGGUGUAGCAGAGGGAGAAAUUUUAAACGAUCCACUUCGCUUUGAGUCUUUUAGCUCUAUCUUUCAUCUGAGAAGUAGCGUCAAACUUCAGAUUAACGAUGGCAGGUGGGGGACAACCCGAAAGAGAAGAUAAGGUAUCGAUGGAGCUAACCGAAGAAAUCAUCCAAAGCAUGGAAGUUGGUAUGGCCUUUCGAGAUUACAAUGGUAGAAUUAGUUCAAUGGAUUUUCACAAGGCAACAAGUUAUCUUGUGACAGCCAGUGAUGAUGAAUCAAUUCGCCUUUAUGAUGUUUCCACAGCAAGUUGCUUGAAGACCAUUAACAGCAAAAAAUAUGGGGUUGAUCUGGUUUGCUUCACUUCUCAUCCAACAACAGUCAUAUACUCCUCAAAAAAUGGCUGGGAUGAAUCUCUGCGGCUUCUGUCCUUACAUGAUAAUAAGUACUUGCGGUACUUUAAAGGCCACCAUGACAGGGUUGUGUCACUCAGCCUGUGCUUUCGAAAGGAGUGCUUUAUCUCCGGAUCUCUGGAUCGAACUGUUCUACUUUGGGAUCAACGAGCUGAGAAGUGUCAGGGCCUUCUACGUGUACAAGGAAGGCCUGCAAUUGCUUAUGAUGAACAAGGACUGGUUUUUGCAAUUGCCUUUGGAGGAUAUGUAAGAGUGUUUGAUGCUCGGAAAUAUGAGAAGGGUCCUUUUGACAUCUUUUCUGUUGGGGGAGAUAUAUCUGAUGCCAAUGUAGUAAAAUUCAGUAAUGAUGGGAGGCUCAUGCUUGUGACCACUAUGGAUGGGCAUAUUCAUGUACUUGAUUCAUUCCGUGGCACACUUUUAUCCACGUACAAUGUCAAGCCAGUUUCAAGUGAUUCCACGUUGGAGGCAUCUUUCAGUCCUGAAGGGACGUUUGUGAUAUCAGGUUCAGGUGACGGCAGUGUCUAUGCCUGGAGUGUCAGAACUGGGAAGGAAGUUGCAAGUUGGAUGAGUUCUGAGGUUGAACCUCCAGUCAUAAAAUGGGCUCCAGGAAGCCUGAUGUUUGUUACUGGAUCUUCAGAACUAUCAUUUUGGAUUCCAGACUUAUCCAAAUUGGGCUCUUAUGUUGGAACAAAAUAGAGUUUAUGGGAGAGGUUCACAGCUUCAAAUUUAAGCUAUCAACAGGUUGGUCAUUUUUUGAUAUAAUGCAUAAUUUUAUGAUCA